AUGCUGAACGCCAAGCGGAAGCAAUCAGAGGCCGGGCUUACUGAUGACGGACCAGCUAGGAGGAGGAGUAGCAACAUCCUGGGCUACAACGCUCAGACGCCGUGGCUUCAUGAGAGUCACGACUCCAGAUUCUCCGCUAUACGAAGGUCAAUAGGAACUCGGGGCCACGCGGCCUCUCUACCACUGGCUAAUAUGGUAUCGACCGUUCAAGACUUGAUUGAUCCCGACUUUGAUCCACUGAUUGCCAUCCUCGACGAAGAACCGCGUUUCUUGAAACCGUUGCCGUCGCGGAUAUCUGCGGAGGAUCUGGAAUUUUUGCGCUUUCGGGGAGCGCUGGCGAUCCCCGAGAGCGGGCUACGGAUUGAGCUACUACGUUGCUAUAUUAAAUGGGUUCAUAGCUUCCUACCAGUGUUGAACCUGCAGGAGUUUCUACGAUGCGUUGCGUUGAAUGAUCCAGAAGGGAACAUAAGCCUCUUACUUUUCCAGGCUGUUAUGUUUGUGGCAACAGCUUUUGUGGACUUAAAGCAUUUGCAGGCAGCAGGGUAUACAACUAGAAAAAGCGCACGCAAUGCAUUCUAUACACGACUAAGGAUUCAGCUUCUUUACUCACUUGACUGCGAAGAAGAUCGACUAGUCAUCGUACAGACCCUACUUCUCAUGACUUACUGGUCCGACCACAUGAACAACCCGCAAAGAGACAUAUGGGAUUGGAUUGGUAUCUGCAGCACCAAUGCACACUCGAUAGGGUUAAACCGAGACCCGUCAUCCUCAGACUUAGACAUACGCACCAAGCGGUUGAGGACGCGGUUGUGGUGGUGUCUAUUUUCGCGCGAUCGACUCAUCGCCAUGGGGAUGCGCCGUCCGACACAAGUCAACGAAGGAUCUAGCAAUCUUCCCAUGCUGAGGCUCGAUGACUUUGACUUUGAGCCGUUCCAUCCCGCAGUAAUUGAGCAGUUUCAGUGCCGGCAGCUCGAGGACGUCUCUCACCAGAAACGACUUGCUACCAUGUUCAUCGAGAAAGCCAAACUCUGCCAGUGUAUUGGCCGAGUGUUGUUUGCUCAGUAUACCCCAUCGCAAUGUCAAUUCGGCUUGACGAACAGAACAACCAUCAACCUUGUUCCGAGACAUGCUUCUGAAUCCGAGCUGGCUCGGUGCAGCCAGAGACUAGAGUCAUGGCUGUCUGCACUACCGCGAGACGCGCAGUUCGUACCAGCGUCGAAGACGAUUUUUAACGACGGUGAGGAUGUAUUGCUCCUUCACGGCGCGAUGAUACGGAUGCUCUACCACGCUACAGUAAGCGCUCUCCACCGUCCAUGGGCCUACGGAUCCACGAAAGACCAGACAAAAUCCCGGCUUGAAUUGGCGGCUGCAGCACGAACAAAAAUGCAAGACGCCGCGAUCGGUAUCACGCAGAUUAUCCAAGGCCUCAACCAGCUAGAUCUGACCCGCUACCUCCCUCAGUCCGGCGUAACAGUUAUCCUCCCUGCCGCCGUAGCUCACCUAGCUAAUUCAAUGUCAAACGACCCUACUCUCCGCGAAAACAGCAUCUCCAACUUUCAGCGGUGCAUCCGGGUCCUGCAGGGCUUGAAGGAGAUAUAUCCCGCCGCCGACAUGGAGGUAGCCAACAUUGAAGCCGCCGUCAAAGCGCAGUCCAACACAAGCGCCCUGUUACGAAUCAUGCAGUUCAACGGAUCACUCCCAUCUCGGCCUGGAUCUCCACACAGAACCAGUUUGGUUUCAAAUCCAGCCCGUAUACCGUCGCCUUUGGACGAACCAAACCACUGGACGCCACCUGCCGACGAACAAGACACUGCACAUCCCAUCCUUCAUCAACUGGGUCACGCUUCGCCAGAUAAUAAGGAUAAACGGUCCUCUCCGUUAAAGCCAAACCACGAACACUCAGCCCAAUCUAACCCACCGCGUCAAGACCAACCAACACCCCCGACCGACAUCCCUGAUCCCGUCACCAUCUCCCCAACUACACCACAGCAGAACCAGAACCAGCCACCAGUCAACCCGCCAAAAUCCUCCAUAUUUACCGACCUCCUUGACUUCGACCUCGAUACCUAUACUUCAACCUUUACACCUAGCAACCCCAAUCCCGCCGCCGGCCCAGAUCUAGACCUCGACUGGACGAGCGAGCUCCUCCGCUGGGCAGACGCAAAUCCAGAGUACUAUUCCGCCCCUAACACGAAUAAUGACCAGAGAGAUAUCUUUUCGUUCCCCGUUGGACCGGGGCCGGGACAUAACCCAACUGAUCUCGGCCUUGGGAAUGACGGUGGGAGCCGUGGACAUGGCAAUUUGAGUAGCGAGAUCACGGGGGAUUUAGAUCGGGAUUUGGGGUUUACGGGGGAUGGGGAAGAGUUAUUUUAG